AUGCGAAGUACUUGGCCUUUGCGGAGGCUGUUCUUCGGAAGCGCUUUGCCAUCUGAUGAAUGCCAUCCCACUGGGACACGUCCAUUUGUAAGGCUGUCUAAGGAAAUUCUUAAAUCAGGUUCAAUCACCAAUCCAGGACCCUUUUCCCAUUGUCCUGGUCUUGCUCGCUCUCUUGCUAUUCUGCCCGUCGCCAUGGAAGAAGCUAGCACACUGCUGUCCACGAUCGACCUUGAUGAUUACACCAUCAAGGAAGUCCAGAAUGGCUGGGAGACGACUGAGAAGCGGCUCGGAGGGCCCAAGAUGGCGGGCGAGGAGGUCUUCGGCAAACUGAAGGCCGAGUUGCCCAGAACCGGGGGCAUGCUGAAGCGAUCUAGCACGGUAUGGCACCUGCUGAACGAGUUGCUGCAAUCCUUGAGCGAUCCCAAGGUGGUCCAAAAGAAGUUGGAGUACAUCGCCCUGCGCCAUAUGAAUGCAGACAUCACUACAGCCGAUGUGGAGGUGUUCAAAGGCAUCCUCCUCGAAGUCUGUGCCUCGAAGUUGGGAGGGCUCAUGACCCCUGAGUUUCAGUUCGGCCUUGGCUAG